AUGAUCGCCCUCGACGCCCUACUCCUCACUCAACCCAAUGCAUUACGAAACUCUCAAGAUCCUCUCACCAACGAGGUCACGGAACGCACUCUUCGCCAGCGGAUAACGUGGGCCUUUCGUCUCUACACCAACCCACGAGGAAUCGGAUGGUCGCACGAGCACUCUCAUCUUCCCGACCGACCUUCUCCUUUAACACCUCGUUGGACGUUCGUUCGAACUCGAACAUUCUAUGCAGUCAUUUGCAUUGGCUUAGAAUGCGUCGCAUACGUUCUGAAUGCAUCAAACCCCGGUACAACGACACCAGGAAGGAUUUUAUCGCAGUCGUCAUUCCAUUGGCGCGCUGCUGGAGUGGCAGGCUUUGCAGCAGCAGGUUUUGCCAGAAUCAACAUGUUGAACUGCCUUCUUUCUGUCAUAAUUGUCGGUUCGGGAUUAUCUUCACCUGAACGAUGGCCAAACCUGUUUGGCUCACCGUUGGAUGCGUGGAGUGUGCAGAGAUUUUGGAGGCACGUUUGGCAUCAGCUCUUACGCAAGUCCUUGGUUACAUGCACAUUGGCCCUUAUCCCAUCCGUGACGUUCUCGCACAACUCUUCAAGCAUCUUGAAAAAGCUCAUCAGACUCCAUGUCGCUUUCAUGAUCAUCGGAGUCAUCCACCUGGGAGGAGAGUACAUGAUCGUAGACAAGAUAAUAUGGACGGGGGCUUUCAAGUUCUUCACCCUCCAGGCUGUUGCUAUCACCCUCGAGAACGUACUUUCUCAUCUCUGGCCGUUUUCCUCAGGAAGCCAGAAGUUGCCCAAGGCUAUAAAAACCUUUCAUCCCAAUGGCAACACAAAUGGGCACUCCGGCCUAACGAAGAAAGCACACCCGAGUAACGUCGCUCUGCGAAGAAGGCCAUCUCUUGCGUUGCGUUUGCUAGGUUACGCCUGGGUGUUGCUCUGGUUCGUGUGGUCCGCAGCUUUCAUGAUCGAUCCUAUGGUUUCGUCCGGGAUGUUCAUCGACCCCCAAGCCGACCUACGGCGCCGAAUUGGCGUGUUCCAAUGA